UGGGUUGGGGAUGUGGGAGAAGCUUAACAGGAGGAAAGGGACCCGCAAAGAAGACACUUACCAUGCAGAUGUUCUUCCACAAAAAAGAAAGGACGCCUCUGGGCUUCUGUGAUGGCCUGGAUAAUAUCUUCGUGGGCUUUGGGAGCAAGGAUGAGAGAGGUUGUCGGCCGCCCAAAUAUCACACCAGAUAUGCACCUUACUAUCGGAUCCACAAGGCUGCAAGUACUGGGGACAUAGACACAGUGAAGAGCUUUGUUGAACGAGGAGUUUUUGCCAUGGAACGGGUAGAUUGGAAGCACAGGACUGCCCUGCAUUUUGCCUCCGUUUACGGCCAUCCAGAUGUGGUGACUCUCCUGGUGGACAACAAGUGUGAGAUUAGUCCAAAAGACGUUAAAGGUGCCACACCUCUAAUUAAGGUAUAA